CUCUUCGUUUAUCCCAAUUUCUGAUAAUAUUUGAUUCAGAUGUCGAAUGAUCUCGUGCCUUCAGUGUCUUCUAUACUAAAUGAAACAACACCUUCAUAUCAAAGUACAUGUAAAAUCAAAAACAACCCCAUGGAAAUGGAAUAUUUCCGCCCAUUCUUUAUUUCUAUGUAUUGUGCUGUUUUUUUGGUUGCUAGUUCCGGUAAUUUUUUGGUGGUGUACGUUGUGAUGACGAACAAGCGAAUGCAGACGAUCACCAACAUUUUUAUUACAAAUCUCGCAGUUUCUGAUAUAAUGGUUAACUUUACAUCGUUGUGGCUUACACCAACAUACACCUCAAUAGGACAUUGGAUAUUCGGAGGUGGAUUGUGUCAUGGUUUACCCCUGUUCCAAGGUACAAGUAUCUUCAUCAGUACGUGGACACUUACGGCUAUAGCCAUAGAUCGAUACAUAGUGAUCGUGCACAACUCAUCAAAUAUCAAUAUAAAUGAUAGAAUGUCCAUGAGAUCUUGCCUUUCGUUCAUUGUCCUCAUUUGGCUAUGCUCAUUGCUUCUGGUCACUCCGUAUGCCAUCAACAUGAAGCUCAACUACAUUCAUGAACCAUGUGAUUUUCUGAUAUGUAGUGAGGACUGGAGCAAUGCCGAAUUUCGAUCUAUUUUUGGAAUUGUGGUGAUGAUUCUUCAAUUCAUUUUGCCAUUUGUACUCAUUGCCAUUAGUUACAUAAAAAUAUGGUUGUUCCUAAAUAGCCGUCAAAGUAUGACCGAGAGAAAAUCCGAUAUCAAGCGCAAAAAGCGUUUACUACGGAUGUUGAUUGUCAUGGUGGUCAUCUUCGCAAUUUGCUGGUUCCCAUUCAACCUCUUAAACUGUCUCCGAGAUCUCAAGUUGGAUAAUUUCAUGCGUGGCUACUUCAGUUUUGUUUUCCUUUCCGUGCAUUUGAUGAGUAUGACAGCUACCGCCUGGAAUCCAAUCCUCUACGCAUUCAUGAAUGAGACCUUCCGUGAGGAGUUCGCAAAAGUUGUUCCCUGCUUGUUUGCGCGUCGUCCUGGAACUGGUCCAAUUCGCGUCAUCACUGAACGCACCGCUAUGAUAACUAACCCGUUUCGACGUGCAAACCGAAAAAAAAAAGUGGAGGAACAGCCUGUUACGGUGAUUUCUGAGAGUCCACUUCAAACUGCAGUGGAGCCGCAGCGCAGUAUCGUGUAUCUCGAUGAGCCUGAGAACGGAUCAAGUUGUCAGACGCUUCUGCUUUAAGCCGCUCAAUACAAAACCGGAAAGUCAGAACAAAAGUCGCUUUUAGUCAUGUCACUUGCCAGUACAUUUAUCCGCUUUCCACUUGCCUUCAUAUGUAAUUUUCAUAAAAACACUUAUUCAACAUUUUAUUUUUUUGGUCAUAUUGUUUUUCUUUCCUAAGAUUUUUUCAGCUAAAUCUCUGAUCAAACCUGUCCUGAUCUAAACUAUGUGGUUAUACUUAACUUAUGCACUGCUGUAUUUGCACAAAUCUUGCUUGAUGCUGAUUUAUCUUUUGUUUCUUCUUCUUGUCACAUUUUGAUAAAAUAUUUGUAAAUGAAAUUUCAUAUUGGUUA